AUGCCCCUGCACAAAGAUGUGAACAACGAGAGCAACCAGCCCAACUUGGUUAUAGGAGUGAGCAACUAUCAGCAGGGAGGCUUGUGGGUUCAGGAAACGGUUCAGGCGCAGGACUUGGGACUUUCGGGUGAUUCGGGUAUUCCGUUGAGUUCUAGAACGACUCCUCACGGGGAAGUGGUCUGGGGCCGCAUUCAUGACACCAGACAACAAGUAGUGGAAUUCCCACCGAAAGCAUGGCAUGGAACAGAAACCUGGACCGGGCACCGGGUGACGGUGUCAGCUUAUGCGAGUCGUGGCCUGGGCAACUUGACUCAAGAGGAAGUCCAGAAGUUGAGAGUUGCGGGGUUCCCCCUUCCGCCUCGGCCUCAUCGGGUUGCACAUGGUAUUUAUGCUGUUGGCAACACCGAGUCAGAGAGGAAGAAAGAAGAGGAGCGACUGAAGAGACAGUUAUACUUGUUACAUGCGGCCACGGGACACUGUUCUACUCAGCAUCUUCUUGAAGCCCUCAAGCGGAGAAAUGCUAAGCCCGAGAUCCUCAAAUUGGCGGCUGAGUUCAAGUGUUCUAUCUGUGAAGAACGUAAGAAGAUUACUCCUCGUCACGUUGCAUCGUUGGAGCCCCUUCCUCCAAAGUUCCAUACCAUUUCAGCGGACAUUGGUCACUGGCGACAUCCCAGGACGGGCGAACACCAUCAGUUCAUGGUUAUUCUUGAUGAGGGGUCACGGUUCAGAAUUGCCAAGAUUUUAUCCACGGGAGUGAAACAACAGCCGUCUGGAGCCGAUUGCAUUGCCUACUUGCGAGAGGGAUGGGCCCAGAUCUUUGGCAAUCCCCGGACUAUGCGACUGGACCCGGCAGGUAACUUCAGAAGUGUUGCGGUUUCUGAUUACUGUCACCGUCAUGGAAUCUACUUGGAUUUAGUUCCUGGAGAGGCCCACUGGAAGAUUGGAGCUUGCGAACAGGCUGUUCAUGGUCUUAAAACUGUCAUGACCAAGGUGUGUGCUUCUGAGGAAACGGUCUCAGCAGGAGAGGCCCUGGCCACAGCCGUGCGGACCUUCAACCAACGGGACUUAAUCAGGGGGUUCUCACCUGUGCAACACGUGCUGGGACAAGUUCCGGACGAGACGGGUAGGUGGAUACUUACCUGGAAGUACCGAGAAGACGGGCCCUAUCCUGACCUUCUACAUUGCAUCCUUUGUGAUGAGAUCUGUGAUGCGAUGAAGGUCCCCCGAGGAAGCAUCACUAAGCUCAAGAAGGCAUGCUACGGAUUGGUGGACGCUCCCCUGGAGUGGUACCGGUCGGUAUCGGAAUUCCUGGAAGGCCUGGGACUCCAGAG